UAUUUGACGGUUCCAUUGAGAACUGCGACUUAGUAGUACGGAUGGGGGUGUGGACCAGGAAUUAACGCAAGUAAGAAACAACAUUGCCAGCUUUGCAAGCCACGAAACUGUAAUAGUAAUUACAGAGACAUUGUAUAGCAAGUCGUUUCGUUGUGGCAGGACCGACGCUCUGGAGGCGCGGGGAAGUAGGAGCGCUCAUCUGGGAAGCAACUGAAAAAGUACCGUCACAAGAAGCUCACGCGGCCACAGGUAGCUCCGACGGCUGAUAUCAAAGUGCAUGUCAUGCGGGUAGCCCCGGACGGAGAUCGAUCCGUGUUUUUCUGCUGCUAGUUCUCCGUGGACUGAUCACUUCCCUGCCGUAUACCAGGAAACAAGCGACAGUCAUGUCUCGAAGAAAACAGAGCAAGCCGCGGCAGAUCAAACGUUCCAUCGGUGACCUGGACACAGGUGAGGAGAAUCCGCCUGACGAUGUCAGCCUAUCGGGUGAGGAGGGUGGAGCCUCGGACCAGGAGGACUCGGCAGAGCUGGAUGGCUGCAGUCCGCCGUCUCUCACCCCACUCUGCAGCGAAGAGCCCAAGACGCACGACUCUCUCCUGGGUCCUGACGAAGAGGAGGAGGAAGAUGAGGAGAGAGGCCCUACGCAGAGCGCUGAGGAGGAGGAGGAGAUGGAGACAGAAGGAGAUGGAGAGAUACACUGGAUAGGUCCAGAUGAGCUGGCGCUGACCGAGGGUGUGGAUGGCUUGAAGGUCCUGGCCAGCAGAGAUCUCCCCGCGGACACGCUCUGGGGCCCCUACGCUGGAACCAUCCAAUCAGAAGAGCCCGGGGACACGCACACCAAUGAGGGACCCGUGCUAACACUUCUUUGUGAGGACAUGGAGUGCUGGCUCAGUAAAGUACCAGUGACAGCUGAUCCCUCAGAAGCCAACUGCACCAUCUAUAGCCAAGGAGAGGAGCUCUUCUGCAAGCUGACACGGGAGUUGGCCAGUGGGGGCGCUCUGGUGGCCAUCCUGUCCUGGGCCCUCAUGCACAAGACUGUGGCCACACAGUCCCACAAUGCAUCUGUGAAGGAGGAGGCUACCUACCCGGCAGCUCUGCACACAGAGAUCCAGCUCCUGCCACAGCAGGCGGGCAUGGCCGCCAUUCUGGCCACAGCCGUCGUCAACAAGGACAUCUUCCCGUGUAAGGACUGCGGGAUCUGGUAUCGGAGUGAGCGCAACCUGCACGCCCACCUCAUGUACUACUGCGCCAGCCGGCAGAAGCAGCCGGCCGCCUCCUCGCCACCCCAGGACAAGGCCAAGGAGUCCUACCCCAACGAGCGCGUCUGCCCCUUCCCCCAGUGCCACAAGAGCUGCCCGAGUGCCAGCUCGCUGGAGAUCCACAUGCGCACCCACAGUGGUGAGCGUCCCUUCAUGUGUCUAAUCUGCCUGUCGGCCUUCACCACCAAGGCGAACUGUGAGCGGCACCUGAAGGUGCACACGGACACGCUCAGCGGCGUGUGCCACGGCUGCGGCUUCGUCUCUACCACGCGCGACAUCCUCUAUAGCCACCUGGUCACCAGCCACAUGGUGUGCCAGCCAGGGGGCCGCAGCGACGUCUACUCCCCCAGCCCCGGGGCCCCCAAACUCCCCCUAGCUGCGGGUCUGAGCCCGGGGGAUUCUGGGAUUGUUCUAAAGUGCCAGGUGUGCGGGGCGGCGGCUGACACCCCGGCCCUCCUCCAGCAGCAUGUGCGCACGCACCUGGAGGUGCGAAUGCCCGCCGAGCGCAGCCCCACGCCCCGGCAGGGCACCAACCACUCCACCGCCUCUGUCCAGCACCACCCCCACCAGCCACAGCCUCAGGACAGGGAGCCGGCCGCCUGCGUGCCCAGGCCCAACUCCUCCAGCCCGGGCACCAACGGGAGCUCCGCCACCCCCCGCGGAGCCUGCUCCCCUCCGGCGGACGGACUGGCCUCCAACGUGAGGGUCAAAGAGGAGCCGCAGUCGGAUGUUGAGCAUGAUUGCAGCGGUGCCGAGAGAGGCGAGGCCGAAGAGGAGGAGGAGGAGGAGGAGGAGGGGGAGAGGAGCAUCAGAGGUCAGGGAAGUCGUCAUGGGGAUCAUAGUGACGGGAGCACCUCGCAGAAGUCCACGUCCCCAAAGAGCCCCGCAGGGGUGGGCGUGGCAGUGAAGGCGGAGCCUACUAGCCCGACCCCUGGCUGUAGUCCAGCCCACACCAGCCCUGGCGGGUCAGCGCUGCCCGGCGGCGCCGUGUUCCUGCCGCAGUACGUGUUCGGCGCCGAGGCGGCCAUGAUGCCACAGGCCUCCGAGAUCCUGGCCAAGAUGUCCGAGAUGGUGCACAGCCGGCUGAAGCAGGGCCAAGGCCAGCUGGCCGCAACAGCGGCGGUGGCGGCAGCGGCGGCAGCGGCCGCCCAGCAGGGCUUUUUCCCGUCCGGCUCUCCCGUACCCGUCCACAAGGGGGCGACCUGCUUCGAGUGCGACAUCACCUUCAACAACAUCAACAACUUCUACGUGCACAAGCGCCUCUACUGCUCCAGCCGGCACCAGCAGAGCGAGCCGCAGGCCAAGGACGUCGCCUCGGCCUCGGCCUCGGCCGCAGCCACCCCUCCGUCCGGCGGGGCGUCCGGGGGCAGCCGAGCGGCGUCAGCGUCCCCCAGCGACACGGAGGCGGCGGCGGUGGGUGGGGCUGCGGAGGGCCGGGCGGUGGCAGAGGUGAAGAACGAGACCCACGGGGGGUCGAGGGAGGGAUGCUCCUCGUCCUCCGAGGGGGAGGGUGGGGGUGCGAGCGGUGGGGGCCGAGGCAGCGAGGGCAGCCAGAGUCCCGGCAGCGGUGGCGCCACCAGCGGGAGUGGAGGAGGUGGCGGUGGCAGUGGAGGUGGUGGUUCCGCCUCGGCGAACGAGGAAGCGGAGGACGACCCGACCCGCACCUUCUGCGUGGCCUGCAACAUCCGCUUCAGUCGCCACGACAACUACCUUGUGCACAAGCGCUUCUACUGCGCCUCGCGCCACGACCCCACGCACCAGCGCGUGCCGCCGGCCGCCAAGGCCGCUGCCUUCCUGCCGCAGCCCAUCCGCACGCGCAAGCGCAAGAAGAUGUACGAGAUCCACAUGGCGCGCAGCCAAGCGUUGGCAUCCAGCUCGCUGGCAUCCGGCUCGCCCGCUCUGCCAGGCCUGCCCGUCAAACAGGAAGUUGCGGCGGCCGCUACUUCCUCUUCCUCGUCCACGGGGCCCGCGCUGUCGCGUAGCGUCAGCCCCGAGGGCGAGGGUCCCAUCGACUUGAGCAAGCGGCCUCGCGUGCGAGGGGGCUCUAGAGGAUCAGGCGGCAGCGGCGGCGGUGGCAGUGGUCUCCCUGCGCUGCCCCUGUCCGACUACCACAAGUGCACGGCGUGCAGCAUCAGCUUCAACAGCAUCGAGAACUACCUGGCGCACAAGACCUACUACUGUCCGGCCACCACCCUGCAGCCGCACACGCUGGAGCAGCUGCAGCGCCUCAAGCGGCCCGCGUCCACCUCCCCCAAGAGCGUCCACUCCGAGGGACCCACCCCGCCCAAGGUGGCCCCGGCCGGGAAGGCGGCUCUGCUGGCGGGCACCGUCCCCGGUGCCCACCUCCCCUCGCUGUUCGCCCGGGCGGCCCACUACGCCCCGCACGCCGGGCGCACGCUGUGGCUAAGCUCCGCCCGCUGGGGUCGCUGGCCGCGCCUGCAGGUGUGCCCCUACUGUCCGCCGGGUCGGACGCUGACCUGCGACCUGGUGGAGCAUUUCCGCGCCGCCCACGGGCUGGUUCUGACCAUGCAGCAGCAUCUGCAGCAGCAGGCGGACGCUCAGGCGGCAGGGGACCCCGUUAGCCCCAGCUCCAACGCCAGCCCCAGGGACACCUCGGGCCCCAACACCGCCACCACGUCCCCCCGACCCAGCCCGCGCCCUCGGAGGGACAGCAUCAACGGGGGAGCACGCAGGGACGCCCCCGGCUCCCCGCCCUCGCCGCUGGUCAACGGAAGUCCCGCGGGAGUGGGCGGCAUUUCGCCCAAAGCGGCGGUCCCCCAGGCUCUCUCGCCCACAGGGGCUGUUCAGCUGACUGUCUCUCCCGUACCCGAGGCCCCAGGACUCAACCUGGCCCCACACACGCCCCCCGAAAAGCCCUUCCCUGUCGUAGGUCCCCCCCUUACACCGCUGGCCCCGCCUAAGCCUGUGGUGGGGGUGGGGGUGGGGGCGGUGGCGGUGGCGGCUGCAGGUGUAGCGGUGCUGCAGAACGGGAACACGCGCUACUGCCGUCUCUGCAACAUCAAGUUCAGCAGCCUCUCCACCUUCAUCGCCCACAAAAAGUACUACUGCUCCUCUCACAGUGCAGAGCAUGUCAAAUGAGCUCCACCCCUCUUCUGCCCCCCCU